UUUGCACAAAUGCCUUAAGUCACUCCUCCGUUUCUCUGGCCGCUCUGUGUAUGCGCUCGCUGCGACUGCCUCCUCUACCCUCCCUCUCAAACAAGACACCGGCUUUGAGUGUGACCGGCUGAUGAUUGACUGUUCUGCCUUAAGUCCCGCCUCUCUUGGUGUGUUAGAUUUAUCGGUCAGCUCGUGCUGAGGAGGUGGGAAUUUAUGGUUAUGGUUAUUUACAUCUCCCUUUUCCAGUGUUUGGCUUUCGACAACCAGCAGCCCUUACGACACAUUUGACUCAAAACAGAAUUACCACAAUGGCCGAAGAAGACACGCAAGAGGUCCCAAAGCUGGAGUUGGAGGCAGUUAUUGGUUUCAACGGACACGUGUUUUCUGGUCUCAAAGUUCACCCUGACAGAGAGCAUCUUAUUUACCCUCUGGGCUCCACUGUUAUUAUUAAAAGUCUAAAGAGUGGAAAGCAAGCUUUCUUCCAUGGCCACACCAACAAUGUCUCUUGCAUCGCUGUGUCCAGAAGUGGACGCUAUAUUGCAUCUGGACAGGUCACUUUUAUGGGCUUUAAGGCUGAUGUUAUUAUCUGGGACUAUGAGAAGCAAGAGAUUUAUGCCCGUCUGGUGCUCCACAAAGCUAAAGUUGAAGAUCUCAGCUUUUCACCUAAUGAAAAGUACCUGGUGUCUCUGGGUGGGCAGGAUGAUGCCAGUAUUGUGGUGUGGAACAUCGAGACUAAGGAGGCAAUCUGUGGCAGUCCUGCUUCAGCACAAAGUGCUGGUCACUGUCUCACCAUAGAGUACACCAACCUGAGUGAUGAAGUCUUUAUCUCAGCGGGAAAUGGAACUCUGCGUGUAUGGGAGCUUGAUUUGGCCAACAGAAAGAUCAGAGCCACUGAAUGUCAAACAGGGCAGCUUAAGAGAAUUGUCACAUGUAUUGAGAUUGCAAAAGAUGAUAGUUAUUUCUAUUGUGGAACAACUAGUGGAGAUAUUCUGAAAGUAAACCUAAAGACUAGAUUGCUGAACAGCUGUGGUCCUGUUAAACAAAAAUUCAGCAAGGGAGUGAACACUCUUAAAGUCCUGAAGACCGAUGAUAUUUUAGUUGGAUCCGGAGAUGGCAUGUUAACUAUGUGUUCAGGAGGGAAUUUCAAAACUAUAAGGAGUGUUCAGUUAGAAGGAUCAGUGACGUCAGUAGCCCUGCGUGGAGAGGGACAACAGAUUUUCAUCGCAACAGAAACAGCACAGAUCUACACUUUGGGCUACACUGAUUUUAAACCAGAGCUUAUUGCCACAAAUCAUAACAGUGCUGUGAAGGAUGUGGCCUUUCCCUUUGGGACUUCAGAGCUUUUUGCCACAUGUUCACAGAAUGAUAUCCGGGUCUGGCAUACUGAGUCCUCCAAGGAGCUUCUGCGGAUUGUGGUGCCCAACGUGACUUGCAAUGCUCUUGGCCUUAUGAAGGAUGGCAGGAGCAUCUUCAGCGCUUGGAAUGAUGGGAAGAUCCGAGUCUUCUUUCCAGAGAGUGGGAAGCUGAGGUUGAUCAUUCAUAAUGCCCACAGUAUGGGCGUGACUGCCAUAGCAGCAACCAAUGACUGCAGGAGGAUUGUCAGUGGAGGAGGAGAAGGACAGGUGAGACUUUGGGAGUUAUUCCAGAACUCAUACCGACUUAUUGAGACCAUGAAGGAGCACAAAGCUGCUGUCAACUGCAUUAAGAUAAAGAGUAAUGAUAAAGAGUGUGUGACGGCCAGCUCGGAUGGAGCCUGCAUCAUCUGGGACCUGGUGAGGUUUGUAAGGAAUCAAAUGGUCUUGGCUAACACUAUUUUCAGUGUUGUGUGCUACCACCCUGAAGAAUACCAGAUCAUCACCAGUGGCACUGACAGGAAGAUUGGCUACUGGGAGGUGUAUGACGGUUCUGCGAUCAGAGAACUUGACGGCUCCUUGUCUGGGGCUAUAAAUGGCAUAGACAUUUCUGAGGAUGGAAAAUACUUUGUGACUGGUGGAGAUGAUAAACUACUGAAGCUCUGGCUCUACACCGAUGGUGAAGUGACGCAUGUUGGCAUCGGACACAGCGGAAGCAUCACAAAUGUGAGGAUCUGUCCCAAGAGCAAUUAUAUCGUGAGCACCAGUGCCGAUGGAGCUGUCCUGAGGUGGAGAUACCCACAAACUGCAUAAAACCCUGAUUAAAAUAAUCUGACACAGUUCUCGAUGUUUCUAUCCAGAUUAUAUUUCAUACAGACACAUACACUUGAAUUGAAUAUCUCUGACAAAGAAGAAUGUAUUGGUUAGGAGUACUGAAGACCAUUGAUUUGAAAGGAAUCCUAUUAAUAAUCAUAUUAGAUAUUUACAUUGCUGUUACAUCUUAUUUCCCAAAGAUUUGCAUGUGGAACGUAAGGCAAUUUUGAUAGUGUUAUAUUUACAGUAAUUUGGCACUAUACUGUAAUAUUCAGAACAAAAUUAUUGUAUAAUAAAGUAUUUUACUGUCACAGAACCGAAAGGAACAUGGGUACUUUACUUUUAAGUUUUUAAAAAUGUUAG